UCUUUCUUUGACUGUUGAAAUGUUAAAUAGAAUUUUUGAUUUAUUCCUCGUUCCUCAAAAUAAAUAAAAGGUACUGAAAAAUAAUUUGUGCUUAAAAAUAAACCCUUUAUUUAAAUGUUUCUGCAAUAGUAUAGUAUAGUAUAGUAUAAUAUAUUUAUAUGAAAUGGAGAAACAAUAUACAUUACUACAAUAUUUCAGCAACAAGUUUAAAGUUAAGCUUAACCCUUAAUCUUCAGCUCUUCUGCUUUUUGGCUUGAUGACCCCUCAUAACAAUCAUAUCCCAUAGUACAUAAUGUGGCCCCGCAUUGAAUUGUAUUGCUUGCCCCUGCUCUAUAUAGUUCAUAGACCAUAUCGGGUCUCCAGACAGCGACUUCCUGCCUUUCAAAAUAAUACUAUUUGCUAUUCUGUGUAAAAAAAAAAAAAGGGGGGCAAAUUUGUUUUUCAGUGGUUUGUGAAAAACUCAAGCACAACUGUAAUUCUCUACUUCGACGGAAAGCCACAGUUUUGCGAGGUCUUAUUUUGAAGAAUCCGCGUCAGGGAGUUAGCAGGUGACGUCACUGCGUUGACCCAACUACCUGCGGAAGAAAGUGGACGCAGUUGACGGGAGACGCAUGGAGCCUCAGAAGAAGCUGCUAAACUCAGUGGACAGCUGUGUGGAUGAGGCGCUGUGUGGCCUGGUCCGGGCCAACGCUGGUCUCUCUUUACUGAAGGGCCACCGAGUCGUGCUCCGCUCUGAUCUCAACCAACUGAAAGGGAAGGUGGGUCUGCUGUCAGGGGGAGGAUCAGGACAUGAGCCGGCACAUGGAGGUUAUGUUGGUGCAGGAAUGUUAUCGGGAGCAGUUGCAGGCGGAGUGUUUGCGUCACCACCUCCAGCCAGCAUUCUGGCUGCUAUUCUCUGCUUGCACAAUGCAGGAGUCUCAGGCGUUCUUCUUAUCGUAAAGAAUUACACCGGAGACCGUCUCAACUUCGGCCUGGCUGCUGAACAAGCGCGGAACCAUGGUGUCGCCGUGGACGUGGUGAUUGUAGCUGAUGACUGUGCUUUCCACCGUCCAAGCAAAGCUGGCCGAAGAGGCCUUUGCGGAACCGUUCUCAUCCACAAGCUGGCUGGGGCUUUGGCUGAGGAAGGUUGCUCCUUACACAAUAUGGUGUCCACGUUGACUGAGGUUGUGAGAGGCAUUGGAACUCUGGGUGUAAGUCUGUCUCCGUGCAGUGUUCCAGGCUGUCUGCCCACGUUUGACCUUCCUCCUGGAAACAUGGAGCUGGGUCUAGGUAUUCACGGGGAACCUGGAGUCAAAAGGUCAAAGGUUGUUUCUGCUGAUGAAGUUGUGAAGACCAUGAUUGACCACAUGACCAACCCUGAGAGCCAAUCACAUCUGUCACUUAAGCCAGGAGACACUGUAGUUUUGUGCGUCAACAACCUUGGAGCGCUGUCAUGCCUGGAGAUGGCUGUCGUCACAAGAGCUGCGCUCAUCUAUCUGGAAAGUCUUGGAAUGAAGAUUGCAAGAGUGAUGUCUGGUUCCUUCAUGACAUCACUAGAGAUGGCUGGAGUAUCUCUGACCUUGAUGAGGUCAAGCCCGGAAAUCCUCCGGCUGUUUGAUUUGAAGACCAGCGCCCCCGCAUGGCCAAAUAUCAGCAACUUGCACGUGAGUGAACGAAACUACGUAACUUCCAACGAGACUUCCAAAGCGGUAUCACUGGACACGGUAUACACUGAGGGAUCUUUGAGUGCUGUGAUGCGAUCAGUGUUAGAAAAAGUGUGUGCUAUACUGCUGGAGAAACAAGAGGAGCUCAACUCCCUGGACCGAGCCUGUGGGGACGGGGACUGUGGGAACACUCUCGCUCAGGCAGCCAGGUGGGUAACUGGGAGACAACAACUGUACAACUGCGUCUCGCAGUUGUACAGUCUGUUCCUGACGGCAGCUGCGGGACACAUGACUGACAGCAGUGGUGAUGCUGCUUCCUGGGCGAGUGCGUUGCAUGCUGGGACUCAGGCCAUGAGACGAUAUGGGGGCGCUGACCCUGGAGAUAGAACCAUGUUGGAUGCAUUGUGCCCAGCAGCUGAGGAGUUCAUGAAAGUAACUACAGUUCCAGCAGGUGGCUACAUGGCUGUGCUGCAGGCUGCUGUGGAGAGGGCAGCAGCAGGAGCAGACUCCACUCGUGACCUCGCAGCGAGGGCAGGGAGGUCCAGCUACAUCGCAGCUGAGCGACUCACCCUACCAGACCCUGGUGCUGUGGCAGUUGCUGCCAUCUUCAAAGCAGUGUGUGAAACUCUAGAGGGACUUAAGUGAACUUUUGUUGACCAAGUCUUGUUAUAGUAGAUUGAUCGACAUGUUUUAGAGCAAGCAGUGCAAAUCGGAAUUACGAAACACUAGUAGAUGUUGGCAACUGAACAAUAUUGACUCUAAAGAAGGUUCCUUCUGUUGCAUUAUACACUACAGGACAGCAGUCGAGUUCAGGACCUCAACACACAUCAUAACUUCAGUAUGGCUGAUAAUUGACUGAUAGUCACCACCAGUUUUAAAGUAGUUGUUUAAAACUGCAGGAUUAAUGCACUGUUGUCAGCAUCUUGUGUAACGUGUGAGAGAAAGCAAAUAUCUGAAACCUGCUUUAAAUUUAAAUGAGUUUCUCUUCUUAUUCCUGAGGAAAUGCAAUCUUACUCAUGUUAUUUUCUAUUUUCUAAUUAAAGCAAGUAUAGAACUGUUUCAACUUGGAAAAGUUAUUUUAUUUUGCCACUUGGCUUGAUCAGUUCUGACCCUGGCAUUAUUGUAUGAAACAGGAAAAGGUGUUGACAGAUCCACCAAUGUGAUUGUUCAUGUUUGAUGCGUGCGCUGAAGUGUUAUCUCAUAUUGUCAGGCAGGAAAUGAUGAUUUUGAUCUUAAUAUUGCAUCACACCCUCCCGGGGACAAAAUGAACAUGCAAGCAGCUACUUUUACACACCCUUUUUUUAAUAAGAGAAAAAGUUGUCCAUUAGUUUUAAAAAUGUAUUUAUCUGAAAUAUAAUUUCACAUUUUCGUAAACCUGGACAACACUAAAAUAGUUAAUGCACAGCCCACCGAGCGCUUGCACCAGCAGACACUCAAGCGUCCCACCGGAUCUGCUUUUUUUUCUUUUAAAUUAAAGGCUUAAACCGUCUCCUUAUCCAUUCAUCGGUUGUUGCUAAUACUAUAAAUUAAAUGGUCCCAUGAUUAUUGGGUUUAUGUAUUCAUUUUUUCCUUGGUGUCAGAAUAUAUCUUAUUCAGUCAGUUGGAAAGAACUGUUCUGGAAUUAUUAAAGAACUGAAUAAAUUAAAUGUUUUCAAGUGGUUUGUAUCGACCAGAGUUUGACCACUCAAAAUGGCAUCCAAAGGGUAGGUCACUUCCUGCUUGAGCUCAAGGCCAAAAUAAAAAGUUUAAAGGGAAAGCAGGUCUCUUAUCUAUGAUGUCAUUUUUCUGGGACAGAUCUGACGCCAUGCAAAUGAAAAGAUGAGCAGAAGCACAAAAAUGAAAUGACAAUACACCAAACAUAAUUUUUGUUAACACACCCUCACUGCCAUGGGGUCAUAUAAACUGACGUUGGAAAAGUGGACUUUUGCGUCUUACACUGACGCCACAGGCGAGAUAGUUGCUCUGACACAAAGACAUGAAGCAGAUGCUCAGGUUUUCAUUGAACCGUUCUGCGUCUGGUGCUUUAGCUUGAUGAAGCCCACUGAAAGGUAAUGCCAUGAACUAGUUUUACAAACUCUUAUCUGGGUGGUGGAAUGGAGCAGCGGUCGAUGAGGCUUCAUGAAACAGUAUCCUAAUUUUCAGAGCUCAGUAGGCGGCGCGAUAUGAGGUUUCACAUCACUGACAAAGGAAAUGAAAAACCUGCUCAACAUGAUGGUUUUCAAAGAAAUGUAUCUGACACCGAAACGACUAGAUGACCCUGGAGAGGAGACUAUAAAGAUUGAAAUUUACUGAAGGUUAGCAACUCACAAGGAUUAAAAUAAACACACACGCACAAAACAUAUGCAUGAAGAAAAAAAAAGCCCUCACACACACAGUUACACAUAG